AUGCCAUACAGCCCAAGCCCAGAUCGCUCCAACAGCCGCAGGGGUCCCCCUAAGGAUUGGGAUGCACCUGAAGAGGAGGAUGGCGAGAUCAGCUACAACAACAGCUCCAGUAGCCGUCGCGGUGGAGCCUCAGGAGGUUACAGAGAUUCGCGCUCAGGAGGAGGUGGAGGGGGACGUGACAGAGAUCGGUCGAGAGACAGACGGGAUUACAGAGGAGGGGACCGUGGUGAUAGGGGCAGACGGGACGAUUAUGGUCGCCAUGAUGCUGGUGGCCGUCGUGAUUACAGGGAACGGGACCGCUCUGACAAGGAUCGUGGCGAUCGCGAUCGUGAUGAUAGGAGAAAGAGGGGCUCGCGGUCCAGAUCGCCCUACCGUCGCGGUGGAAGAUCCAGAUCCAGAAGUCCCAGAGGAAGUAGACGUGGUAGGGACGAUAGAGACGACGACAGUGGCGAUGACAAAGACAGAAAGAGCAAGAAGGACGACAAAAAGAUGGACGAGGACUCUGUUGACACGACUAAGCCUCUGGAGGAACUGACGCCCGAGGAACAGGAGGCGAGAAUGAUGGCUAUGAUGGGCUUCGGAGGCUUUGAUUCCACAAAGGGCAAGAAGGUUGCAGGAGCAGAUGUUAGUGGAGUCGAUAUCAAGAAGCAGCGAAAGCAUCGUCAGUACAUGAACAGACGCGGAGGAUUCAACAGGUAA